AUGGCAUCGGACAGACGCAAUCAGGUUAUGGUUGGUGACUUACCUGAUGAUUUCCUUCGAGUCUCCUCCGAUCCAACAGCUCAACAGAUUGCCCAGGAUGAACGAGUUGCCCAGAUUUUACAAGCACAACAACAGGCCGGUGUGUCAUUUGUAACUGGUAAUAUUGCAGGACGAUUAAGCAUAACAAUUGUUACGGCUAAAUUGACCAAAAACUAUGGAAUCACAAAAAUGGAUCCCUACUGCCGAAUUCGAGUUGGUCAUGCUGUAUUUGAAACUCCUACUUCUUACAAUGGUGCCAAAAUCCCUCGUUGGAAUAAAUGUGUUCAGUGUUAUCUUCCUGUUGGUGUGGACAGUAUGUACCUUGAAAUAUUUGAUGAACGAUCCUUUACAGUUGAUGACCGUAUUGCUUGGUGUCAUAUCACAGUGCCCCAAUCUGUACUUAAUGGAGAAACAUUAGAUGAUUGGUAUCCACUCAGUGGACGACAAGGAGAAGAAAAAGAAGGCAUGAUCAACCUUGUAUUAACUUUCACACCAAUUCAAAACCUUCCAAUGGGCAGUUUUGUGUGCCCACAACCUGCUAUGGUUAUUCCUCAAGUUGUUAGCCCUGGAAUGUUUUACACUCCCAUGCAGCCUGUUGUUGGUGGGGCUCCAGUCUAUCAACAGCCACAACUGCCUCCAACCUCUGCACAAAGUCCACUUUAUACAGAAGAGGAUAUCCAACUUGUGAAAGACAUGUUUCCUGCUAUUGAGACUGAUGUCAUUCAAUCUGUGUUUGUAGCCCAACGAGGUAACAAGAAUGCAGUUAUUAAUUCACUUCUCUCAAUGAGUAGUGAUCAAUAA